AUGACAAAGGGCCUUGUUUCAGGAGUCUAUGCCAAAGGAAAUGAAGAUGCACCGUUUCUAUGGACAGGAGAUAAUUUCGAUGAAGUGAUUUUUGGCAAUCAGGAGAAAUUGGAUCAUUCUGAACCACCUCUGAAUGCAGGCAAAACAUGAACAUGUUAUGGCCUGCGUCCUGACGGCCCCAGCAUCCUGUUCCUAGGCAAAAAGGCAAAUGAAAUAAAUGACCAGGAAAAGCAGAGUGAAGGCAAAGAAAAUAUCAGCAUCGCCACGGCAGCUUUAUGACAAGAGUCUCAUCUGUGAAGGGGAACCAAUGGGGAGCUAGAUGCCCAGGCUGCCGUGGAAGGGGCACUUCUGGGUUUAUAUGACUAUGAUGAGCUGAAGCAGAAACAGAAAACUCUUAUACAGGGAAGUGGGGACCAACAGGCCUGACAGAAAGGAGUCGCGUUUGCUUCUGGGCAGGACUUGGCCUCUUGCUUGAUGGAGACGCCAGCCAACGAGGUGAUGCCUACCAUAUUUUCACAAACUGUUGAAAAGAACCUCUGAAGUGCUAAUAGUAAAUCUCAGUUCCAGAUCACACCUAAGUCUUGGGGAGAGGAAUGGAAAAUCGGAUCUUUUUAAAGCGUGGCCAGAGGAUGUCAUGAACCUCCACUCUUGAAAAUUCACUACAGAGGCAGCCUCAGUGCAAGUGAAGUGCCGCUGGUAUAUGGAAAGGGAAUUUUCUUUGACCCUGGUGGUAAUCUUACCAAGGCUCCUGCAAAUAAUGACUUCAUGAGGGCUGACAUGAGAGGAGCUGCUGUAUGUUCAGCCAUGGUGACUGCUGCAAAAUUCAACUUGCCACGUAAUAUAAUAAACAGAUUUGGCCUUCAUUGUGAAAAUAAGCCCGGGCAUAAGCCCAGCAAGCCAGGAGAUGUCAUUACAGCCAAGAAGGAGACCAUGCAAGUUGAUAGUAUCCACGCUGAGGGAAGAAUCUUGUUAGCUGACAUCUUCUGUUAUACGCGCAUCUUCAAUCCCAAAUUCAAAAAUGGAACAGCCUUAACAGAUGCCAUGGAUAUAGCUUUGGGGAGAAGUAUCACUGGAAUUUUGCCCAAUUUAUCCUGGUAGCAUACCAAACUAUUUGAGUCCACCAUUGAAACGGGGGACCAUGUCUGGAGGAUGUCUCUAUUGGAACAUACAAGACAGGCUGCAGAUUGUCAACUUGCUGAUGUUAACAUUGGACUGUAUAAAUCUGCAGAGCCAUGUACAGCCACAACACAGCUGAACAAAGGUGGGACUCAUUCUAAGUGGGCUCAUUUGAACAAAUAA